AUGAUCAAUCUAGCAAAUGUAGUAAAGAUUUUCGUUAAUCGAGCAUCAAACUCAUUGUCGUCCGUCGCCUCAGCCAUCUCAACCGUCACAAAUCGUGAAUGUGAAGUAGCCGAGCUGUUGUGUGAUGUACUGGAAUCGAUUACUAAGAGUCACUCCCAUUCCAUUGAAGUGGAAACAACCCUUGAUCAUGAACUAGUCGAUGGUGAAUUGAUUGAUGAUGUCGAGGACGAAGAUGCAGAUGAAGAAACAUGGGAUCCCGACUGGAAUCAUGAUGCUCACAUUGGGAAACGAAAGAGACGCUGGGAGACAAAUGUGACGAAGCGUCAGGUAGAAGAUAAAGCGAUCAUCAAAACUUCGGCCGAUCAGUUCAUAGCUGAUGUUCGCAAACGUUUGCCCCAAUACGAAGUCACAAAGGAGAGAAAGUUACAAGUGGAACUGUUCGCUCCAUAA